AUGUCGUCGCCGUAUGCUGAACGCUUCCAUUUCACGAGGUCCUUUGUCGGGCCCCUUGUGAGCGCAGACUUUGCAGACCAUUUGGCUCCCAAGGAUCCCGACCUGGCGAUCACGAUCGAGAAUGCCAUGCUUAUUUCCAUCGACGACAUGGUGCGGGCGGCUUCUGUCCCCCUCGAUGGGACCGUGACGGGCACGUCGGAUCUCGUGUACCAGCUGAAGCCGUUUUACAGCACCUCGUUCCUCGCUCACCUGUCGGACGCGGCGUUCCAGUUUGACAUGGUGUCCGGAGAGACAGAGGGCAGCCUGAGCGACGUCUUCUUUGCAACGGAGACACCAAAGACGUGGGCUCAGCGCAUUGCCUGCGCCAUGGCUGCCGCGGCCGAGCAGGCUGCCGAUGCCGAGAUGACACCGCGUCCUGGGCACGCCAGCAUCGUCGUGCCGCCGUCGGCUGCCGCGAGCAUCCCUGCAGCCGGCCAAGCAGGGACGAGUUCUUCCGCGACGGCGGCCACUCCGACCACUACGGCCACGCUGUUCGAUCCACCCGUGCUCUCUACCUGCCCCAUCAUUGACAUUGAUCUCGUCGGCCCAAACAUCAAGGCAGCAUGGAUGGCAAAUCCUGUGACGAGAGCGAUGGAAGACGCAGCCGUGGCCCCUAUUCGCCAAGACCGCAACUGGAGCCCGACAGGUGCCUCCCUCCCUGUCUACCACGGCACCACGGCGCCGGCCGUAAACACGGAACGAGCAUACGCGCACAACGACAUUGCUGCGCGAAUCACGCUCUCCAACGUGACGCCAAGUGUUCUGCUCCCCAUGGUGACGCCGAAUCAGAUGGCCCCCGCAUACCGUGCACUUGCGGCCAUCUACACGGGCUUCAGUCCGUUCCGGUGCUACCUGUGGGCUCUUUUCCACGCAGAAGUCAUUGCCAACAUCCCCACGGGGAGCUCUGUAACAAGAAAUAUGGCGUCUCGCUGGGACUGCCCGCACCCGCCGCCGCAUCAACACCGGGGCAUUCGACUGCUCAAGUUCUGUCCGCAAGCCGGCGUCAUGAGCACAUUGCCCACCUUUGUUCUGCCAGACGGUGCCCAAGACGGCUGGAUCCGUCGCGUCAAAGAAAUUGGCGAUCAGCAUCAGUUCGAUCCUCUCUCCAUUGACAAUGAGGGGCCAACCGAGGACCUGUGGCAGCUUUUCCGCGAUUUCCACGGCCAGCCGGCUGGCACGCCCUGGCCGUCCGUUUUGCAUUGCCAUGAGGGCCAGCUGCAAUCCAGACAGCUCAAGCACUUUACGAAACAGCUGUGGCGAACCGUGUGGCACAGACGUGAUUGCCAGGUCCUCAACGCCUCCCUUCACUCGAACAUGGCCAUCAGCUUGACCAUCACAAACUCCACCGGGACUACCAACGACAACUACCAAUAUAAAACCGGCAAGCGCCAAUCGCUCUAG